UAAUUUUUACCCCAACUGUGUGCGUUAUAUAUUUUAGAAAAUAUAGUUAUAUAUCGUUUUUAUAAUAAAUACUGAUAUGGCUUUAUUAGUUGUAAUUAAAUUCUUUUAAUACAAUUAAUAUGAUUACAUAUCUUAAAGGCCAGCAUGGUGAGAUUGAAAUUUUCAAAAAUAAAGAAAGUUCAGUCAAUGUAAAUAUGAAUUUAUAACAUUCAAGUCGUUCAGAAUUGUUCUUUGUGCUUUUUUUCUUAGCUUUUUCAAUUCUUUAAUCUGCCAUAGUUGGGUCCUUUUUCCAAAACAUCAUCUAUGUUUCAUCGGCUUUUCUCACCUCAGUUUCUUUUUCGCAUUUCAGCUUCUGUGGAAGAGGAGAUGGCCAGACAUGUCUAUUUUUGGACAGAGAGUCUGGGCUCAGGUUGUGAAAUCAGUUUCAGCUCAACCUUUGUGGUGCAAUUUCUCACACUAUUCUACAUCCUGUAACAUGAACACCAAGCCAUAACUCUCCAGACUCCAAUCACAUUAAAAACAUGUUCCCAAGAGCACACCAGAUACUCUCUGUCACCACUAGAUGGAUGCAAUGACGGUUUCAGGCUGGUCAGUGGCUCACUAUGGCAACCUCAGUACACAGUCGAGGCACAGAUCCCUGUGUAGUAUUUUAGGGAAAGAACAAAAAUUGUCAAAAUUUGGAGGUGUGUUCAAUGAACCAGGAUUAAGAUUAUUUUGUCAGAUCUACAAUGACAUCAAGUCCUCAGGAAUCUAACAGCCGAAACUUCCUACCCUUGUUUAUGGGUAAAGGCAAAAAUAUCAGCUUUGUUCUGGACUGCUCAGAGGGAAUGAGUGGCGUUUUAGGAGCGGUGAAGAAUUUAAUAAUCCAAACUUUAUUAACUAAAGCUUCACUCAGAGACUCGCUCUUCAACAUUAUCAGCUUUUCAUACAAGGCAACACCGUGGUCUUCUCGCAUGCUGCCCUGCUCUCCUGAUGUAGUCUAUGAAGCGUUGAGCUGGAUCCAUACGUUACAGACAAGUUCUGGCAGAGACUUCCACACAGCACUUGCUUUGGCAUUCUCUGACCCUGCCUGUCAUUCUGUUCAUCUGGUGACCAGUAGUGUCCCAGACAACCCUACACAAUGCCUGGCUUCACUAUCCACUAUGGUGACGCGCCCUGUGCACACCUUUUACAUAUCUGACAAGACCUCCAUCAACAGCGACACAUCAGACUUCCUGCAGUGCCUCAGCUCCACCACUAGAGGGAGCUGUUAUAUCAUGGCCCUCAAUUCAGCUGGCGGUGUUGAGGAGGUCAGUUUGUUGCAUUCAACUGAUGAUUCGAUUCAGAAGACAACAUAUGCAGAGGACACACUGCACUCAAUGGACUUCAAUCAGGUCCCAUACUACAACUGCACAAGCUGUGUCUGUUCUAUCCCAUACUGGUGUUCCCCAGUGAAUCCCUUCAGCACAGCAUCAUGCGUCUCUGCAAGGGUAAUGCAAGCAACUGAGCUUUUUCCUGGCAAACGUGUGCUGGCCAGGAGAGAGAUGGAUGGGUUUUACUACCUAGGGACAAUCAUACAUCAGGGCACAGGAAACCUUUAUAUGGUAGAAUUUGAUAAGUCUGGAAUGAAUGGAAAUACAUUUAUGGAAACGCUAAAUAUAGUUCAGCCAACCUGCCAGCCUGACAUGGUUAAUCUAGCCAUUGCACAUGGGCACAGUAUAGUACCAGGGGACACCGUUUUAGCACCAUGGGAGCCAGAAAUGAGACGAUACGGGCCUGGAAGGGUCAUCUAUGGUGUGGAGCCAAGAGAUCCAAUAAAAGGCGAUGACAGUAAUUUAGGACUCCAGGUUCUCUUCUGGAAUGGGAUGACCGUUCACAUCCCCAAAGCUCUUGCUGUAUGGAUUCCAGCCUCUCAGUAUGAGCAUAUAAUCAAAGAGCUCCAGCACUGCUCAUUCAGGCCAUGCUGCCACAGGCUUUCACACUGCAGCACAACGGCAUGUUUUGAAAUGCCAAAUCACCAGUGCAGCCAUCACAAUCUGUUCUCCAUUUCUCAAUACCACUAUCCAGUCAAGAGGUGCCAGCCAGCGUUCAUGUCACCGCCAGUACUGGCCAACCAAAGGAAAGAUGAGCUGGAGAGGAAAGUUGAUCUUCAGCUGAAAGAACUACAGACUCAAGCAUCUUCAAGCUCUGACACAGAUGACAAUGAGGAAGAUAUGGAAAAUGAAAAACAACGGUCUUCGGAGUCAGAACUAGUGAGCCGCUCAAUAAACACAGAGAUUUCUUGCCUGAGAAAGCCAUACGCUCAACCUGAGGCCAGACCAGCCUGGCAGUACUGGAAAAGAGGUUCUGCAGAACCACAUCACAUGAAGCCAGGAAGAACAGUAAAAUCUACAAAUGUCAGCCAUUCUUGGCCAAGAGACUCUGGAAAUUCUGCGAGAUCUACAGGAAAUUCAAUGAUGACCAAUCACAGCUCUUUAUUCAAGCUGGUUCCUAAUUCACCAAAACAAAGAGUCAAAAUGAGAGACAUAUUUAGCUGAACUGAAGUCAGCACAAUCUCCACUAACUGGAGCAAUCAGCAAAAGACCAACCAAACUGAUACUAAUACCACAACCAAGGAUUUUUUUUUUUUUUUUUUUUUUUUUGAGUUCUCAGUUUUGCCAGUGAGGGAUGAUAUUUUUCUGUAAACCGAAUAUCUUGGAACAUAAAAGACUAUCAUGUAAAAUUACACAGAAGUUUAUUAAUCACCAACAUCAGGGAAUAAAGUGAAAUUAAGGGCAAA